AAGCCAAAACCUCAUUGUCUUAGCCGCCAGGCGAUCCUCGUCUAAGCCAAGAACCGGUCUUGUCACCAGCUUCUUCUAGAGAUCUUGUGUCACAAGUUUAACAAAAUGUGUCAAACGGAGCUUAGAGAGACUAGAAUAGAAAUUGCCAAAUAUUCUAUCAAGAGAGCUGCGCUAAGGAUUCAGCGUGAAAAGCGGCAAAGGGAUGAUCCAGAUGAAGAUACGAAUGCUGAGACUAAGCGGGCUUUAAAGCAUGUGAAAGACAUGGUUCUUGAUGUAAGUAAAUUUGGGGAUGAUCGUCCUCUUACUGGUUGCUCCUUGUCACGAGAUGGAAAAAUACUCGCCACAUGUUCUCUUAGUGGGGUUACUAAAUUGUGGGAGAUGCCUCAAGUUACAAACAAGAUUGAUGUCUUGAAAGAUCACAAAGAACAUGCAACUGAUGUAGUGUUCUCGCCUGUGGAUUAUGAUUGUCUAGCAACUGCUUCUACUGAUCGAACUGCGAAGUUGUGGAAUAUUGAUGGAACACUCUUACAAACUUUUAAAGGUCAUUUGGAUCGGCUUGCACGCAUUGCAUUCCAUCCAUCGGGGAAAUACCUAGGGACAACGAGUUUUGACAAAACAUGGAGAUUGUGGGAUAUAAAUACAGGAAUUGAGAUUCUUUCGCAACAAGGUCAUAGUCGUAGUGUCUACGGAAUUGCAUUUCAACAAGAUGGAGCAUUAGUAGCUUCUUCGGGUUUUGAUUCACUUGCACGAGUUUGGGAUCUUCGUACUGGUAGGAGUAUUCUUGUGUUCCAAGGACAUAUCAAACCGGUUCUCUCAGUGGAUUUUUCUGCUAAUGGUUAUCAUUUGGCAUCUGGUGGUGAAGAUAAUCAAUGCCGUAUUUGGGAUCUACGAAUGAGAAAGUCGUUGUACAUUAUACCAGCUCAUGUGAACCUUGUUUCUCAAGUAAAGUAUGAACCACAAGAAGGCUAUUUCUUGGCUACUGCCUCAUACGACAUGAAAGUUAAUAUAUGGUCAGGUAGAGAUUUCUCGCUUGUUAAAAGCUUAGUAGGACAUGAUUCCAAAGUCGCAUCUCUAGAUAUCGCUCCAGAUAGCUCAUGUAUCGCAAGUGUUUCGCAUGACCGCACCAUCAAGCUUUGGACAAGCAGUGGGAAUGAUGAAGACAAAGGGAGAGAAACAAUGGACAUAGAGCUCUAGUUUCUUUUUUUAUAUUUGUGCGAGAAAAGUUAGUAUACGGUUAAGCUUAAAGUACUUCAGGUUUUUGUUUGUACUCUAUGUUAUUAUAUGAAGUUGAUUGUUGCUUAAAUAAUCAAAUUUGUUUUUC